CCCAACUUAUCCCUUCACACUCCCAAAUAGUAAUGUAACCCAAGAAAAAAGAAUCAGUUAAUCCAGUUACUCAAGAACACCAUCUUGUAAUAACAACUUAAAGAUGGAAGCUGCCAUGGCGUGCUGUACACGUGUCGCAAUCUUGCCCAAUGUCUCCUCUCACCAGCAAUACUCUGCUGCACUCCCUUCAUCUCGCUCAAAGAGCUCAAAAGGGAGCUCUAUAUUCGGGGAGUCGUUGCGGGAGGGGCCGAGAUCAUCGAUGAAGGCGGCGAAGGUGAAUGGGAAGAGUUCUUCCACCCUUGUGACUAAGUGUGAGAUUGGAGACAGUCUGGAAGAAUUUUUGUCGAAAUCGACGUCGGACAAGGGGCUGAUUAGGCUGAUGAUGUGUAUGGGAGAAGCUCUGCGAACAAUUUCAUUCAAAGUUAGAACAGCUUCUUGUGGUGGAACCGCCUGUGUUAACUCUUUCGGAGACGAGCAGCUUGCCGUUGAUAUGCUCGCCGACAAGCUUCUCUUUGAGGCGUUGCAAUACUCUCACUUCUGCAAGUACGCUUGCUCCGAGGAAGUCCCGGAGCUCCAAGACAUGGGUGGCCCCGUUGAAGGUGGAUUCAGUGUUGCAUUUGAUCCACUUGAUGGGUCAAGCAUUGUGGACACAAAUUUCACAGUUGGCACAAUCUUUGGAGUGUGGCCUGGUGACAAGCUCACCGGAGUCACCGGUGCUCAGCAGGUUGCGGCUGCGAUGGGGAUUUAUGGGCCUCGAACGACGUAUGUUCUCGCCCUCAAGGACUGCCCUGGAACACAUGAGUUCCUCCUUCUUGACGAAGGAAAAUGGCAACAUGUGAAGGACACAACAUCUAUUGGAGAGGGAAAGAUGUUUUCACCUGGCAAUUUGAGGGCUACAUUUGACAAUUCUGACUAUGCCAAGCUGGUCGACUACUACGUUCGUGAGAAAUACACAUUGAGAUACACCGGAGGAAUGGUGCCCGAUGUCAACCAGAUCAUUGUGAAGGAAAAGGGGAUUUUCACAAAUGUGACUUCACCAACUGCCAAGGCCAAGCUGAGGUUGUUGUUCGAGGUGGCGCCUUUAGGGUUCUUGAUCGAGAAGGCGGGCGGGUACAGCAGCGACGGCAAGCAGUCCGUGCUGGACAAGGAGGUCAUCAAUCUUGAUGACAGGACUCAAGUGGCCUAUGGAUCCAAGAAUGAGAUAAUUCGAUUCGAGGAAACCCUCUACGGGUCAUCCAGACUCAAGUCUGCUGCGCCGGUCGGGGCUACUGCUUGAGGCCUCUUGUCUAGCUAGAGCAAUAUGGAUUUUCUACAUGUAAAACUAUGUCUUGAUGAAUACUAAAGAUGGAAAUAUAUCUUGAUCAUGAGUUCUUUGUUGUCAAA